UCGGGUAUAUCCACCAGUGUAUAUAUAAUAUAAUUGCUUUAUUUUUGUAUAAUAUCAUACGUAGUCGUAAUAGUUUGAAAGUCAUCGUUAAGAUUUUAAAUUCACUCAUUUAAUGAUUCCAACUUCUAAAACACACUUGCGGUGACUAUUUUAAACAUCUUCCAGUGAUUUAUGUCUUUAUAGAGGGAAUAAAAUACCAUCAGGAAUAUUGUUGCUUCACAGAUCAUCACGAAAUGGUAUAAUAUGUGGGUUAAAAGGUUGAUCAAAGUGUCAGAUAUAAUCUCUUUACGUACUGCUAGAAAUUUUGGAACAUUUUAUAGGGGAAAUAUAUCUUCCAACAUGUUUAUAAAUUCAUUUUCAAGUUUGAGGCGCACAUUCAGCACGAAUAACAGAGCUGUUAUACCUACAAGUUAUACAAAAGCAGAGCUAGAAGUAGUUGAUAGCAUCAAGAUGUUGAUUGAAAAAAGAAUCCGUCCAGUUGUACAACAAGAUGGUGGAGAUGUAGAUUUUGUCUCGUUCGACCCAGCAACAGGUUUUGUAUAUGUAAGGCUUAGUGGUGCUUGCGUUGGCUGUAUACAAAGUGAUACUACCCUUAAACACAUGAUCCAGGGGAUGCUUUGUCACUACAUAGAUGAGAUAACAGCAGUAUACAAUUGUAACGAAGACGGAUAUGUAGUAUCAGGAAAUUCAGCAAAUGAAUAAUAUAAUAUCAACAAUGCAAGCUACACCAAUAUGGGCACACUAAAUGGUCUAAG